UCAAAACCUAAUAUUCCUCGUUAUUUUACAGGUAAAACUUCCACACACAAUGUAUCGCUCUCCUCGUGGCGCCCUCUACAGAACGUCGAUGUUUAUUGAGGAAAAAAAAAUCAGCCAAUUAGGAACGCUCUUAGAACGCAAUCUAGUGAUUGACGGAAAUGAGAACCACUCGACUACGAGAUUUUGAUAUUCUAGCCAAUUAUAAGUGCUUUUGGUUGUGGUGGGCGGGUUCAUAUCUUAUCAGCAGGAGAAGGCCAAGCUCCGAUAGUGGUUGCCAAUUGCAAAGAAAAUGGCGGCCGUGGCUGCGGAGCCAAGAGCUGCUGGGGCACCAUCGACAGUGGGGGAUGGAGCAGAACUCGAACCAGAGCCGGCUCCGGAGGGCGUCCAACCCGAGAGCGAGCAUGCGACAAAAUGCUCGUCGGUAACGGACCUUGUGCCCUCGGAGUGGGGUGAAGAUGCAGCUGAGCCCGAGGAGGAGGAGGAGGAGCGCAGGCUGCUGCGGCUGCGGGCUGAGGAGCGGGACAGGCCGGGCGCGCGAGCCGCGGGAGAAGCCCUCCCGACUGCUGCUGCGGGGUCCGUGGGAGCGCCGUGUCCCGGGCAGGAUGAAGCUGAGGAGGCACCGAGCUGCCACCAGUUGCGAGAGGCGUCGAGCCACACGGCGGAGGCCCGUUUGAGUGCGGCGGCGGCUCCGGACGAGGAGGAGGUCGGUCCAGAGGCACCCCGCGCCUUCUCUUCUCAGCCCGGUUCCGCCGGCUGGGACUCGGAACCGCUGCUGGCGAGCUGCCUCACUGCGGAAGGUGCUUCGGCGGCGGUUGCUGCUGCGGACUGCCGCGUCCCGAGCGGAGCUGGCGGAACAGAAGCGCCCGAGGAGGGGGGCGGGAAUCCGACAGGGGAUCCGACAGGGGAUCCGACUUCUUCGCAGAGCGCGACGCCGCCGGAACCCGCUCAGCAGUACGGACGGCUCCACCGGGCCGCCCCUUCCGAAGCGGAUGUGCCGAACAGUUCCGAAGCUGCGCGGGAGGACGGAGCCGUGCCGUUUUCGCAGCCGGGUUCAAGCCCGCUUUGGAGGGGCCGGGACAACUGGAGCGCCGCGAACGGCUCCUGCGGCGACUCCCCGGAGGAAAGAGCGCCUCGCGCCGCGGCGCAGCAGCGGACGUUCCCCGUGGACUCCAUGGCAACCGAGUCGCGUCCGCCGAGCGCCGAUGAUGCGCCGCGUUCGGAACCGGCGGCGAUCAUGAUGGACGUCGUGGAGCGCGAGCCCGACUCCGUGGCGCAGCUCGUGCCCGGGUCCGAGGUGCGCGUGUGCCUCGACCACAUCAUCGACGACGCGCUCGUGGUGUCCUUCCACCUGGGGGAGAAGGUCUUCUCCGGGGUCCUCAUGGACCUCAACAAAAGAUUUGGACCCUAUGGAAUUCCAGUCACCAUAUUUCCCAAGAGGGAUUACAGGGAUAAGUGUGAUUCUAUGCAGCUAAAGACAGAACCAUUCCAGUUAGAGAUGGAGAAGGGGGAAGUGCAGGAUUCCUCCGAUAUGACCCCCAAGGAACCUGAGCAAACCCCUGAAUUGUCUAGUUCCAGCCCCAACUUGUGGACCUCAAAACCCCCUCCCUUGUUUCAGGAAGGGGUACCUUAUCCACCGCCAUUGUUUAUCAGGGACACUUACAACCAGUCAAUACCUCAGCCUCCUCCACGUAAGAUCAAGCGGCCGAAGCGCAGGCUGUACCGGGAGGAGCCCACAUCUAUCAUGAAUGCCAUCAAGCUGCGGCCGCGCCAGGUGCUCUGUGAUAAGUGCAAAAGCGCGGUGACCAGCGACAAGCGUGAGGUGAGGAGAGGCCCUGGGUCAGCCUGCGGGGGGGAGGAUGCCAAACGCCGGCGCAAUGACAGCAUGGCUAGCGCUGGCAAGCGGCCGCGGCCCGAAGAGAAGGGACGGGGUGCCGAGGCACCCAAACGCCAGGCGCCAGCAGUUGGGCAGGUGAAAGGUGGAGCAGCUGGAAACCGUGUCGUCCGAGGGGUGUCGGCAAUGUCCAGCAGCACGUCCCGAGUCCAGCUGGGCACCAAGAAGGUGCUUCAGAGCAAAAAUGUAGACCACUCCAAGGCACGCGAGGUGCUGAAGAUGGCCAAAGCGCAGAAGAGGCAGCGCAACACGGUAACCAGCGGCGCCCAUGGCAAGACUACAAGGGCUUCUCUUCGGGACACCCACCAGAAGGUCCACUUCACCCGGCGACUGCACCAGAUCAGUGGGAGCGGUGGGGGAGGCCCAGGCGGUGGCAACCCACUCCCGCCCCGCAUCCGCAUCAAGCCCCAAAGCACUGCAACACUGAAGGGCUGCUGAUCGCUCCGGAAUCCAAAUACUGCCACUGGCGGAGAGCCAUCCGGGGACGAGGGCACGGAAGUAACGGAAUCCUUAUUUUUUAUUUAAGAGGAAGAACUAUAUAUAUUUAUAAGGAAUAAACCCAGCCUCCUUCCCUCUCAAGUACCCCUCCACCAUGCUGAAAACCAUUUACUUGUGCUGGCUUGUGUAUGCAUCCAUGUUUGAAGCAUGUGAUCGGAGACAGUUUGACUGCCACGGGACACCUGCAAUAUUGAGAAGCACACGGGGAAGGUCUUCUGACAGCUAUUGAUUUAAGAAAACAAAAAACAAAAAAAAAAAAAAACACGUUACGGGACGUCGUUUUAUGGCAGGGUUUUUAAAAUUGUCUGUUUUUCCUGUGAUCUUGAAAUCCACUUAUAAAAAAAGAAAAAUUGUCGUUCGAUGCAAUUGAUAUUGCAUGUGCUAUGCUAGAACAAAUCAGUCACAGAUAACAGGGCUUUGGUGUGAAGUUGUCUUGAAAUAAUCCAAUGUUGCCGUCCUUCUUUGUGCACCUGUUGAUGCAGAGAUGCUGAGAUGGUCUCUGAGCUCCAGACAGCCUUACGAUGACUUUGUUCCGACCCCUCCCUCCUUCCCUCUCCAGACUGCAGCCCAGGGGGACUUGACUGUUGCUGGGCUGAAAGCAUUUCCCGAACCGGUUUUCUCCAACAGACGCGUGUAUUUAAGCACAUGUGUACAGUGUUGCGCUUCUGCUCUUUCUCUGUCUGUCUCACACACACACACGCACACACACACACACACACACACACACGGCUUGCACAGGGAAAGACGCACGGCUUAACAACACGAGUCCCCAGUGGUUCCCUCCGAGGCCAAAGACCAGGAAGCAGGACGGCGCGAGAUCGAGGCCAUCGGACGCAGCGCGGCGGGUGAGAGAAGCGAGGGGAGCGACAACGCCUGGGGGUGGGGGGAGGGGCACGGCGACGCCGCUGGCCAGGCCCUCCCUCCCUCUCUGUCGAAGACGAACGCUUUUCGGGACAAUCUGUUUCCUGCCUAAACUUUCAGUGGUCGCUCAUGAAACCUUUUGUUUCUCUAUCUGUAUACCUUUACAAAAAACAGUAAACCUGAAUUUUGCAUUUCUUUUGAAUGUGGUUUGUUUUUUUCAACGAUCUCCGUUAAUGCGCGGUGUGUGAUCACGUCCCACACGUUACACCGCAAGAAAUAGUUCCACAAAUGGCUUUUCAAAGUAAUGACCUCAGAGUCUC